GGACGCUGGGGGCGGGGCUUCGGCGCCUUCCUCCUCCUCCUCGCUAACCCCGCCCACUGUUCUCUGUUGCUAGGAGACGGACCAAACAAAGUCCUGGGGAGGCAGCAUGGCAUCGAACUACAGCUCUGGGCAGUAUGAAGAUGCCUAUAUUCCCGGGAAAUUGGGGAACUGGAACCUUCCCAGAGUUACUAAGGAGCACCCUUCUGCCCGCGAAGGUUAUACACAAUUUAUAGCCGAUGACAAAGGCCAUCUGUUGCCUUCAGUGCCACGCUCAAAGGCAUCCCCUUGGGGCACUUACAUGGGCACCUGGGAUAUGCCACUGAAGAUUCCUCCGGCCAAAGUGAACCUCACAUGCCGCUCUGUCGAAGCAGCCGCCCGGCUCACUGAGUGGGUCAACAAAUCUACAGCCCUGAGAACAGCCUGCAAUGGUUUCAGUCCAGAGAUUAUCGGCCAGCCAAACGUGGCCUGUCCUGCGCGUCUCACCAAAGAGAGUGCUGCUAAACGUGGAGACACCUCUUGCAGAAUCUUGGAGCAUCCUGGCCCAGGAGGAAAGAUGCCUGCUGAAGAAGUGACUGAAGGCAGUGGGGCUGCCACGGCCCCCCUCUCUCGCCAGCCCGGCUGUAUAGACAUCAGAUUGAAAGAAGAGUCUUCCUCAGAUGUCCAGGCCUUUCCGCAGCCGGAGCCCAAGGAGUCAAGGCAAAGAAGCAGCAGCCAAAUCCCACUCUCACGCCAGCCGGGUUCCAUGGAUGUUCGCUUAAAAGAUACCGUGAGUCCCAAGAUCUCAGCCCCGAGUCGUCCCAACUCAAGAGAGCUCACUGCUCCCAGGAGAACCAACUCUGCAGAGGCCCCUGCCUCGGAUCGGCCCAGAUCACUAGAAGGGAGAUCCAAAGAAGUCAGGACACCAGAGCUGUUGGCUUUGCAUCAUCCAGGAACAAUGGAAGCCAAGCCAAAAGGUGCCCUUUCACCCGAGGCCCUGCCACCCAACCAGCCUAUAAAAAAAGGCACUUUGGAGGAUAGGAAGAACUGACUGGAAAUUGAUGGAUGUCAGAGCGAAAGGGAAGGUGCAACCAAACCUCCAUCCUGCCUAGAGAAACCAUCCAGUUAAAGCUACAUCCAAAAGUGAAAUCAAAGCUAUUCUAUUACAAUGUUAAAACAAGUUAAACUAGUUAAUUUGUUCUAUUCAGCGUGUCAAGCCACUCUCAUGUCUUUAUGUCUGUUUUUCUCUCCUCUCCACUACUAAACCCUACCUCAGAUAUUUCCAAAAUCUCCUCCCCUGCUUCCCAAGCCCAAUUUCAAUUCUCUUUCCCACUUACAACCAAGCAAACCUGGCAAGAAGCACGUUCCAUCAAGUCCAGACAAUGGUGAAACUGGCCUACCAACGAAAGCCAUGCAUUUCUCAGCUUGGCCAAACAUGAAGAAAAAGAAGUGAGAAGGCAAAUCUGUGCUGGAUAAGCAAUGAUACCUGAGUGCUACAAUUAAAAUAAAAUAAAAUAAA